AUGAACACCUACCUCUUCGUGUAUGACUUAAUGCAAUUCUGUGGACAUUCCUGGAUAUUUACAAAUAUGAUCAUCAGGUUCAUGUCAUUUGGAAAAGAUUCGUUGGCCGACACAUUUUACUCCAUAGGACUUGUAAUGCGCCUUUGCCAGUUGUUAUCUGUAUUGGAGAUCCUACACAUCCUCAUUGGCAUUGAUAAAAGCCGUCUCUUCCCCAGGUUUUUGCAGAUCACUGAAAGAAUAAUUGUUUUAUUUGUCGUGAUCAAUAGUCAGGAAGAAGUUCAAGGGAAAUACAUCGUGUGUGUUUUAUUUUUCCUUUGGAAUUUAUUAGACGUGGUCAGGUACACUUAUAACAUGUUAGCAAGGACAGGAAUAUACUACCUACCACUGACAUGGCUCAACUUCUCACUGUGCAUCCCGCUCUAUCCCCUUUCAGUUCUGGCUAAAGCAUUUGCAAUCUGUGUAUCACUGCCUUAUUUUGAAUCCUUUGGCACAUACUCCAUCAAGCUACCAUUUCCAUUCGCCUUCUCAAUCUACUUCCCCUAUGUUCUGAAAAUGUACCUGCUAGUGCUGUUCAUAGGUAUGUGCUUUAUCAUCCAGAAUCUCCUCUCUGAAAGGAAGGCACACCUAGGGACAGGCAACAUCAAAAAGAAAAGAAGCUAA